GUUAACGUUACCACCUAGUUAGAUGAUAUCUAUCAACCAAGCCCCGUCUCCAACGCGAAUGAACGACUACCUGGGGGCACUCCAGGAACUCGGGAUCAUGAUCCCCACCACAAUUGCAACACUGUCGUCCUUCUAAAUCAAAUCAAAUUUUCUUUGUCACAUGAGCCGAAAUGCUUGCUUACGAGCCCUUCCCAACAAUGCAGUUAUUAUUUUUUAUAAAAAUACUAACACAAGAGGAAUAAAAUACACAAGAAAGAAGCUAUAACAGAGGGAACCAAGAUCAAUGUGCAAGGGUACAAUGUUUUAUUCAUUUCACCUUUAUUUAACUAGGCAAAUCAGUUAAUAACAUAUUCUUCUAGACCGCUGCGAUGCAGCGCCUUAGACCGCUGCGCCACUCAAGGAACCCAUGUAUUUGAGGGAGAUAGACUACCGUUCAAAAGUUUGGGGUCACUUAAAAAUGUCCUUGUUUUCCAUGAAAACAUACAUGAAAUUAGUUGCAAAAUGAAUAGGAAAUAUAGUCAAGACAUUGACAAGGUUAUAAAUAAUGAUUUUUAAUUGAAAUAAUUGUGUCCUUCAGACUUUGCUUUCGUCAAAGAAUCCUCCAUUUGCACCAAUUACAGCCUUGUAGACAUUUGGCAUUCUAGUUGUCAAUUUGUUCAGGUAAUCUGAAGAGAUUUUACCCCAUGCUUCCUGAAGCACCUCCCACAAGAAGUGCCCAUCAAGCCAAACCAACUUAUGUACCAUACGGUCAAGCUGCUCCCACAACAGCUCAAUAGGGUUAAGAUCCAGUGACUGUGCUGGCCACUCCAUUAUAGACAGAAUACCAGCGGACUGCUUCUUCCCUAAAUAAUAUUGCAUAGUUUGAAGCUGUGCUUCAAGUCAUUGUCCUGUUGUAGGAGGAAAUUGGCUCCAAUUAAGCACCGUCCACAGGGUAUGGCAUGGCGUUGCAAAAUGGAGUAAUGGAUCUUGAAGAAGGAAGUCUUUUACCCUGUACAAAUCUCCCACUUCACCACCAAAGCACCUCCAGACCAUAUUGCCUCCACCAUGCUUGACAGAUGGCAUCAAGCACUCCUCCAGCAUCUUUACAUUUUUUCUGUGUGUCACGAAUGUUCUUUAUGUCUGUCCAUAACACUUUUUUCCCCAAUCUUCCUCUGUCAAUGUCUGUGUUCUUUUGCCCAUCUUAAUCUUUUAUUGGCCAGUCUGAGAUAUGGCUUUUUCUUUGCAACUCUGCCUAGAAAGCCAGCAUCCCGGAGUCGCCUCUUCACUGUUGAUGUUGAGACUGGUGUUUUGCGAGUACUAUUUAAUGAAGCUGCCAGUUGAGGACUUGUGAGACGUCUGUUUCUCAAACUAGACAGUAAUGUACUUGUCCUCUUGCUCAGUUGUGCACCGGGGCCUCCCACUCUUUCUAUUCUGGUUAGAGCCAGUUUGUUCUGUGAAGGUGUGUAGUACACAGCGUUGUACGAGAUCUUCCGUUUCUAGGCAAUUUCUCGCAUGGAAUAGCCUUCAUUUCUCAGAACAAGAAUAGACUGAGGAGUUUCAGAAGAAAGUUAUUUGUUUCUGGCCACUUUGAGCCUGUAAUCGAACUCACAAAUGCUGAUGCUCUAGAUACUCAACUAGUCUAGAGAGCCAGUUUUAUUGCUUCUUUAAAAUCAGAACAACAGGUUUUCAGCUGUACUAACAUAAUUGCAAAAGGGUUUUCUAAUGAUCAAUUAGCCUUUUAAAAUGAUAAACUUGGAUUAGCUAACACAACGCGCCAUUGGAAGAAAGGAGUGAUGGUUGCUGAUAACGGGUCUCUGUACGCCUAUGUAGAUAUUCCAUUAAAAAUACGCCGGUUCCAGCUACAAUAGUAAUUUACAACAUUAACAAUGUCUACACUGUAUUUCUGAUCAAUUUGAUGUUAUUUUAAUGGACAAAAAAUAAUAAUUUUCUUUCAAAAACAAGGACAUUUCUAAGUGUCCCUAAACUUUUGAACGGUAGUGUAUGUGACGCUUGGACAAAAACCAACGUGGGCAAGACAGAGGAGCUUAUUGUGGACUACAGGAAAUGGAGGUACGAACACGCCCCCAUUCACAGCGACGGGGCUGUAGUGGAGCGGGUCAAGUUUCUCGGUGUCCACAUCACUAAGGACCUAUCAUGGUCCAAACACACAAAAACAGUUGUGAAGAGGGCACGACAACGACUCUUCCCCCUCAGGAGGCUGAAAAGAUUUGGCAUGGGCCCUCAGAUCCUCAAAGAUCUACACCUGCAUCAUUGAGAACAUAUUAACUGGCUGCAUCACCACUUGGUAUGGCAACUGCUCGGUAUCCCACCGCAGGGCGCUACAGAGGGUAGUGCGUACGGCCCAGUACAUCACUGGGGCCGAACCCUGCCAUCCAGAACCUCUAUACCAGGCGGCGUCAGAGGAAAACCACCCAAGUCAUAGACUGUUCUCACUUCUGCUGCAUGGCAAGUGGUACCCGAGCGCCAAAGUCUGGGACCAAAAGGCACAUGAACAGCUUCUACCCCCAAAACAAUAAGACUGCUCGCUCAACAGUUAAUCAAAACUGACUAUUUACAGUUGAAGUCAGAAGUUUACAUACACUUAGGUUGGAGUCGUUAAAACUCGUUUUUCAACCACUCCACAAAUUUCUUGUUAGCAAACUAUAGUUUUGGCAAGUCGGUUAGGACAUCUACUUUGUGCAUGACAAGUAAUUUUUCCAACAAUUGUUUACAGAAAGAUUAUUUCACUUUCUUCACUGUAUCACAAUUCCAGUGGGUCAGAAGUUUACAUACACUAAGUUGACUGUGCCUUUAAACAGCUUGGAAAAUUCCAGAAAAUGUCAUGGCUUUAAAAGCUUCUGAUAGGCUAAUUGACAUACUUUGAGUCAAUUGGAGUUUUACCUGUGUAUGUAUUUCAAGGCCUACCUUCAAACUCAGUGCCUCUUUGCUUGACAUCAUAGGAAAAUCAAAAGAAAUCAGCCAAGACCUCAGAAAAACAAUUGUAGACCUCCAUAAGUCUGGUUCAUCGUUAGGAGCAAUUUCCAAACGCCUGAAGGUACCACGUUCAUCUGUACAAACAAUAGUACGCAAGUAUAAACACCAUGGGACCACGCAGCCAUCAUACCGCUCAGGAAGGAGACGCAUUCGGUCUCCUAGAGAUGAACGUACUUUGGUGCGAAAAGUGCAAAUCAAUCCCAGAACAGCAAAGGACCUUGUGAAGAUGCUGGAGGAAUCAGGUACAAAAGUAUCGAUAUCCACAGUAAAACAAGUCCUAUAUCGACAUAACCUGAAAGGCUGCUCAGCAAGGAAGAAGCCACUGCUCCAAAACCGCCAUAAAAAAGCUAGACUACGGUUUGCAACUGCACAUGGGGACAAAGAUAGUACUUUCUGGAGAAAUGUCCUCUGGUCUGAUGAAACAAAAAUAGAACUGUUUGGCCAUAAUCACCAUCGUUAUGUUUGGAGGAAAAAGGGUGAGGCUUGCAAGCCGAAGAGCACCAUCCCAACCGUGAAGCACGGGGGUGGCAGCGUCAUUUUGUGAGGGUGCUUUGCUGCAGGAGGGACUGGUGCACUUCACAAAAUAGAUGGCAUCUUGAGGCAGGACAAUUAUGUGGAUAUAUUGAAACAACAUCUCAAGACAUCAGUCAGGAAGUUAAAGCUUGGUCGCAAAUGGGUCUUCCAAAUGGACAAUGACCCCAAGCAUACUUCCAAAGUUGUGGCAAAAUGGCUUAAGGACAACAAAGUCAAGGUAUUGGAGUGGCCAUCACAAAGCCCGACCUCAAUCCUAUAGAAAACUUGUAGGCAGAACUGAAAAAGCGUGCUCACGCACGGAGGCCUACAAACCUGACUCAGUUACACCAGCUCUGUCAGGAGGAAUUGGCCAAAAUUCACCCAACCUAUUGUGGGAAGCUUGUGGAAGGCUACCUUAAACGUUUGACCCAAGUUAAACAAUUUAAAGGCAAUGCUACCAAAUACUAAUUGAGUGUUUGUAAACUUCUGACCCACUGGGAAUGUGAUGAAAGAAAUAAAAGCUGAAAUAAAUAAUUCUCUACUAUUAUUCUUACAUUUCACAUUCUUAAAAUAAAGUGGUGAUCCUAACUGACCUAAAACAGGGACUUUUUACUAGGAUUAAAUGUCAGGAAUUGUGAAAAACUGAGCUUAAAUGUGUUUGCCUAAGGUGUAUGUAAACUUUGACUUCAACUGUACAUUGACCCCCUUUAUUAUUAAUUUAUCUUAAUUGUUUUUGCAAUGACUUCCUUGCACUGUCUCUAUGCGCACUCACUAGACUCUACCCACACACUCAGACAUGCUACACUGACACUCCCUACACACACACACUAAAUAUGCUUACACUCCACACACAUUUUUCACACUUCAUAUACGCUGCUGGUACUCUGUUUAUUAUAUAUCCUGACUGCCUAGUCACUUUUGUCCCUACCCACAUGUACAUACUAUAUUACUUCCACUACCUCGUACACCUGCACAUUGGCUCAGGUACUGGUAUUUCUUGUAUAUAACCUCGUUAUUGUUUAACUAUUUCCUUUUUUAUUCCACAAAUAUUUGUCUAACUCAGCAUUGUUGGGAAAGGGCUCAUAAGUAAAACAUUUCACUGUAAAGUCUACACCUGUUGUACUCGGCACAUGUAACCAAUGCAAUUUUAUUUGUAUAUGUACAUAAGGGCAAGGAAAAGUGACUAGGCAUCAGAAUAGGGAAGAAUAAAGAACAGGGUAGCAGCAGCAUAUGAUGUGUGUAUGUGUGUGUUGUCGGUAUGCGUAUGUAGGGAAUGACUACCUUAUCUCUGUAUCCCCCACAUACAGAUAAUUGUAAGGUUCCUCAGUCGAGCAGUGAAUUUCAAACACAGAUUCAACCACAAAGACUGCCCAGGUUUUCAAAUGCCUUGCAAAGGGCACCUAUUGGUUGAUGGGUUUAAAAAAAAAAGCAGACAUUAAAUAUCCUUUGAGCAUGGUCAAGUUAUGAAUUACACUUUGGAUGGUGUAUCAAUACACCCAGUCACUAAAAAGAUAUAGAUGUCCUUCCUAACUCAGUUGCCGGAUAGUAGGGAAACCGCUCACGGAUUUCCCCAUGAGGCCAAUGGUGACUUUAAAACAGUUAGAGUUUAAUGGCUGUGAUGGGAGAACAACAUUGUCAAUUCGGUUAGUAUUGUGGAGUAACUACAGAGUGAAAAGAAGCCUGUACAGAAUAAAAAUAUUCAAAAACAUGCAUCCUGUUUGCAACAAGACACUAAAGUAAUACCGCAAAAAAUGUGGUAAAGCAAUUCACUUUUUGUCCUGACUACUUGUGUUUGGGGAAAAUCCAAUACAUUACUGAGUACUACUCUCAAUAUUUUCAAGUAAAGUAAUGGGUAUGCUUAUAAUUGUAAGGACUAGGGAGUGAAGCAUAGGCAAAAUCCUAGAGGAAAACCAGGUUCAGUUUGCUUUCCACCAGACACUGGGAGAUGAAUUCACCUUUCCGCAGAAUAAUAACUUAAAAACAGAAGGCCAAAUCUACACUGGAGUUGCUUACUAAGAAGACAGUGAAUGUUACCGUGUUGCCGGUGUAACAGGGUUAGUUAUGUUUCCACUUGGCAAGGCAGAAAUAUGUAUUUGAUGUUUAGGUAUUCCUAUUGGUUGGUUGAAUUCACAAAUCAAUAAGGUGUUAUGCCAUUGGUCAUGCUUACAGAUAGGUGGAUAUGGUAAACAUUUAAUUAUUCCCAGUCUGAUAUUGACAUGCAAGUGGUAGGUCUCCUUUGAAAUACUGUAUUCUAUUUUCAUAUUUACAAUGUGUACAAGUUCAUUAUGUACAUGUCCUGGUGUGUGUGUGUGUGUGUAUGUAUGUAUGUCUGUCUCAGCAACAAACAAAAAAUUCCCUUUUUCAGAACCCUGUCUUUCAAAGAAUAAGUACAAAUAACUUCACAGAUCUGCAUUGUAAAGGGUUUAAACACCGUUUCCCAUGCUUGUUCAAUGAACCAUAAACAAUUAAUGAACGUGCACCUGUGGAACGGUCGUUAAGACAAACAGCUUAUAGACAGUAGGCAAUUAAGGUAACUUAGGACACUAAAGAGGCCUAACUGUUUUCAUUUCUACUGACUCUGAGAAACACCAUAAGAAAGAUGCCCAGGGUCCCUGCUCAUCUGCAUGAACAUGCCUUAGGCAUGCUGCAAGGAGGGAUGAGGACUGCAGAUGUGGUCAAGGCAAUACAUUUCAAUGUCCGUACUGUGAGACGCCUAAGACAGCGCUACAGGGAGACAGGACGGACAGCUGAUUGUUCUCGCAGUGGCAGACCAUGUGUAACAACACCUGCACAGGAUCAGUACAUCCGAACAUCACACCUGCGGGACAGGUACAGGAUGGCAACAACAACUGCCCGAGUUACACCAGGAACGCACACUUUUCAUCAGGCUGGACUGAGGGCUUGUAGGCCUGUUGUAAGGCAGGUCCUCACCAGACAUCACCGGCAACAACGUCGCCUAUGGGCACAAACCCACCGUUGCUGGACCAGACAGGACUUGCAAAGUGCUCUUCAAUGACGGGUCACGGUUUGUCUUACCAGGGGUGAUGGCCGGAUUUUUGUUUAUUGACGAAGAAUGAGCGUUACGCCGAGGCCUGUACUCUGGAGCGGGAUCGAUUUGGAGGUGGAGGGUCCGUCAUGGUCUGUGGCGGUGUGUCACAGCAUCAUCGGACUGAGCCUGUUGUCAUUGCAGGAAAUCUCAACUCUGUGCGUUACAGGGAAGACAUCCUCCUCCCUCAUGUGGUACCCUUCCUUCAGGCUCAUCCUGACAUGACCCUCCAGCAUGACAAUGCCACCAGCCAUACUGCUCGUUCUGUGUGUGAUUUCCUGCAAGACAGGAAUGUCAGUGUUCUGCCAUGACCAGCGAAGAGCCCGGAUCUCAAUCCUAUUGAGCACAUCUGGGACCUGUUGGAUCAGAGGGUGAGGGCUAGUGCCUUUCCCCCAGAAAUGUCCAGGAACUUGCAGGUGCCUUGGUGGAAGAGUGGGGUAACAUAGCACAGCAAGAACUGGCAAAUCUGGUGCAGUCCAUGAGGAGGAGAUGCACUGCAGUACUUAAUGCAGCUGGUGGCCACACCAGAUAUUGAUUUUUACUUUUGAUUUUGAACCCCCUUUUGUUCAGGGACACAUUAUUCCAUUUCUGUUAGUCACAUGUCUGUGGAACUUGUUCAGUUUAUGGUCUCAGUUGUUGAAUCUUGUUAUGUUCAUACAAAUAUUUACACAUGUUAAGUUGGCUGAAAAUAAACGCAGUUGACAGUGAGAGGACGUUUCUUUUUUUGCUGAGAUAGAUAGAUAUAUCUAUCUAUCUGAGUAUACAAAACACUAAGAACACCGGCUCUUUCCAUGACAGACUGGCCAGGUGAAUCGAGGUGAAAGUGUAACAGAUGUGAAAUGGCUAGCUAGUUAGCGGGUACGCGCUAGUAGCAUUUCAAUCAGUUACGUCACUUGCUCUGAAACCUAGAAGUAGUGUUGCCCCUUGCUCUGCAAGGGCCGCGGCUUUUGUGGAGCGAUGGGUAACGACGCUUCGUGAGUGACUGUUGUUGAUGUGUGCAGAGGGUCCCUGGUUCGCGCCCGGGGUCGGGGCGAGGGGACGUACUAAAGUUAUACUGUUACACUCAGGGGAGGGCAGCUAAUAAUAAUAGCUGGAGUGAAUGGAAUGGCAUCAUACGCAUGGAAACCAUUUAUUUCCGAAAUGUGAAAGUGUGCUAAAGGGCAUGGGAUAAAGGAGUGUGUAGUUUCAGUGGAACAAUCUGUGGGGGUGCCAAAAUGUCUGUUUAUUGCUAUGGUCAUUAAUUGUACCGCACAGUUGAAAUGGAAAUCACAGAAGAUUGAUUUGGUGGUAGUAGUAGCAGCAGCAGAUAUUUUAGUGCAGGGGGUUUUGAGAGAAGGGCUUCCAUCCAGGAUCUGUUAGAGCUUCUUUUUUUGUGAACAAAAUGUGCGAUUCACACUCCGACCUGUGAAAGGCAGUAAUACGCAACACAGCGUCUUGUCUGCCGGAAAACCAUAAAAAAAAAAAGAAGUAAACGGUGACCAAGAACAGUUUCCAGGUUAGCGUUGUUAUUUAUGGGUUUAUUAACACUCUGGAACUCAAGAUAUUACUAAUUUAACUGCACAAUAUCACACACUUAACACAUGUAGUCUUUAAUUCGCAUUGGAGACCAGACGUUGUCAAUAGAAGUUAUCUAGGGGACGAUAGCUAGCUAGAUACUAACGUUAGCUAACAAUGGCUAACUGUAUUGUUUUUCACACUCAAAUAGCCUCCAUCAUGGAGGUGCUAGCGAAUGCAGCAGUGGCAGAGAUCUGUAAACUCGUAGACGACGACUAUGCAGUGUUUCGUUUGGAAAUAACUCAAACCCAAAAAGAAAACAGGACAUUGCGGAGGAAACUACAGCUACUGGAACUGAAGGUGGCACGGGAGCGCGCAGAGAGGACAAUAAGAGAGCGCGGCCUCGCCAGUCCCAGUAGUGUCAAGAUCCUCGACCGAUACAGAGGAAUGGCAAGAGGUGAAGGACAUCUCACUGGAGGCCACAGGAGCUUUGUGAAGCCAGCAGGACACAAUAUAUGGAGAGAUGACCAACCAAUCACUGUAGAUGAGGGGAGUGGAACCUCAACCCAGCACAUUAUCAUGAUAGAGUCUGCAGAGGCUGCAGGUCCUGGAGUCAAGCAGGAGAGGUCUGAAGGAGAGGAGGACCUACGGCACAGCAGAACCAUUCAGACUGGAGCAGCUGACGCGCCCCCUGUAGCCAUGGAGGACCCCACCACCCCCUCAGUGCAGCCCAGGACCCGACGCAGAAUCACGGAGGAGGAGGAGGGUCCAGAGGUGCUGUUGGUGAAGGAGGAGGGGUGUGAGGAGGGUCUGGGGAACCCUGAGGGGACAAUAAUCAUGGAGGACAACCAGACUACACCACCUCCUGAACCCACAGAGGAACCAGUUGAGCAGCACAGGACCACACACAGUCUCACUGAGUCAGUAGACAUGGAGGAUGGGAAGCCUGAUCUGCUGCUAGUCAAAGAGGAGACAAUAGAAGACGCACCAGAGAGCAUUGAUCUGCUGAGUGGACUAAAGAUGGGGGAGCAAGGUGGUUGGCUGGAGGCUAACAGAGCAGACUGGGUGGCCAUCUUGGAUUCCCAGACCCAGACGGGUGCCGCUGAGAGCCCAGGGGACAACAUCACUGAGCAGGCCAGGACCAGAGGGGACAGCAUCAAAUUUGGGCUGGGGAACAACAUUGUUAACCACAACCAGAAACAGGCAGUCGAACACAAAACAACAACCGAACUUAGUCUCCAUGACAACAGACUGGCUGAGACCAGGGCGAGGCGUAGAUUAGGUCUGCGGGGACAGGGACGUGUCCAUAUUCGGCUGGAGAGAACAGACACAGACUCGGCUAGCGAUGCUCCGUCCUGCUCCUAUAGAUGUGAUUCAGAGAGACUGAUGGCGCCUCUAACAGGUGCUGCCUUCAGCCUACCUUCUAUAGGAUCUAUCAACUGGAACAUGGACCCUGUGACAACACAGACACUCCCUGGCCUUCAUCCUCCUCACACUCUCCUAAUGUUAAAACAGACCUCAGACAAUGCCAGUGCCUCAAUGCUAAAUAGCUACACAAGCCCAUUGACAAAUGACAGUAGUAGUAAUGCUAUCAGCAGAUCUGGUGGCAAAGAGAAGCGCUUCCCAUGUUCAUUCUGUGGGAAAGCCUUCAGUUUCCCCAAACAGGUGAAGAUCCACCAGAGGAUGCAUACAGGUGAGAAACCCUUUGUCUGCCCCCUAUGCCGGGCCAGUUUCUCCCACCCGUCCAACCUGAAGAGGCACCAGAGGGUCCACACAGGGGUGAAACCCUUCAGCUGUACCCAGUGUCACAUGCGCUUCACCCAGGCUGGCCACCUGAAGAGGCACCAGAGGGUCCACACAGGGGAGAAACCCUACAGCUGCCCCCAGUGUGAGAAGAGGUUCUCCCACCAGCACCAUCUGAAGAUGCACCUGAAGAUCCACACAGGAGAGAGGCCGUUCGCCUGUACGCUACCUCAGGAUACAUCAGCAGAAAAUGCACACAGCCUUGUAUAGAUUGUAUUGAUAUGUUGUAUUAGCUAGUAUAGUGUAAAGUGACAUAUAAUGUAGUACUAGUUAGUUUGUAGUUAAUUCUGUUGGUUUUGGAUGUAAAGGGAACUGGAUGAGGUGACCUGAGGAAAGAAUGAGUAUGAUGAGGCAGAGUAGAUGAUAAGGUGAUGGUUGGUGUGGCCUUAAAAAACAUUAAAUACAAAAUUGGCUCUGUG